CCGAAAGCCAACCCCUCACCAACCAAACAAACCAUCUUCACUUACUUUUCUGCACACGCUCUCCCACCCACGCAACUCUUCAUUUCCACGUCCAAACCAAGACCUGCAAUUACCUUAGAUCUGAAACCACCAAACCACACCGGUUGAUUCCUCCCUCUACCACCCGCAACAAUGGCCGACAACCCGGACGUGGAAUCCACCAACAAGGCCUUCGUGCCCCUCGAAAAUAACCCCGAAGUAAUGACCCACCUAAUCCACCAACUCGGCCUACCCCCCACGCUAGCCUUCACAGACGUCUACUCGAUCGACGAACCGGACCUCCUGGCCUUCGUGCCCCGGCCCUCGCACGCCCUCCUCCUGGUCUUCCCCGUCUCCGCGACCUACGAAACGGCCCGGAUCACCGAAGACAGCGGCCUGCCCGCCUACACGGGCUCGGGCCCCGCCGAGCCCGUGAUGUGGUUCAAGCAGACCAUCCGCAACGCCUGCGGGCUGAUCGGCCUGCUGCACGCCGUCGCCAACGGCGAGCCGCGGCGGCAGAUCGUCGCCGGGUCGGACCUGGAUGUUCUCGUGAAAGACGCGGAGGCGCUGGACCCCGGGCGCCGGGCGGAUCUGCUGUACGAGAGCAAGGCGCUGGAGAGCGCGCACGCGGACGCGGCGCGGCUGGGCGACACGCAGGCCCCGCGGGCGGAGGAGAACGUGGAUCUGCACUUCGUGGCGUUUGUGAAGGGGGCGGAUGGACGGUUGUGGGAGUUGGAUGGCCGGAGGAAGGGGCCCCUGGAGCGCGGGGUGUUGGGCCCCGGGGAGGAUGCCUUGAGUGAGAGGGCGUUGGAGUUGGGGGUGAGGCGCUUCCUGCAGGUGGAGGCCCGGGGCGGGAAUCCAGAUUUGAGGUUUAGUUUGGUGAGUUUGGGGCCGAGUUUUGAUUGAUUCCGGUGGAUGGAUUUGGAGACGGGGGUUGUAUGUUGUUUCUUGCUCUUGUAUUCCGCAAAGUAGGGUCGAUAAUGGGGAUAUAGCUGGUUGUCUUCAAGGUUGCAGGGACGUAAGGUAAAGGUGGUCCCUUAUACCUUUGUUUCACAUAUAAAUUGGGCAAUCGGGUUAUGGGCAAUAGCAAUGCAAUGGCUACUGGGACAAUGAGCCCGACAUAAAUACCCAAACCCUCGAUAAUAUACGCACAGACUGAGCCUUC